AAGCAAAAGAGUAAGAUUGAAAGAAAGUCGGCCAUUUUCGAAAGAUUAAUUAUAUGGCAAACAAAAGAGGUUGAAUAAAAGAAAAUUAAAAUAUCGACAAAACAAAUAUAAAGUACCAUUACCUACGCAGGUUUAAUAAAAUUGAAAAUUUUAAUAAAUUCAGUAUCAAAUUGCAUAUUAAAACAAACUUGUUUUCGCAUAUUAAAUUUAACAUUUUGAUAAGAAUUCGGACCAUAUUUCGCCAGAGGUAAAUAUAAAAAAUUGAAAUUUCCCAGUGCAAUAAAUUUAAUAAAGAAAUAAGAGAAUAUCACAAAUUACUGCAAAAAACUGAAAACAUUUGGAUUGACUUAUAUUAAAUAAAAAAAAAAGUGGUAACAAUAGAAUAUCGAGAAAAUUGAUUAAAACGCAAUAAUAUUAAAAUAAAACUCAACAAAAUGGAACCAUCACCGUCUGUAAAUAGAAUUCAUGUGAAUAAUUCAACUGGUUUAUCAUUAAAUGCUCGAUUCACAGCCAUGCAGUCACUUGGCAGCACUACACAACAAAAACAAAAAAAACGUUCACGUUCUGCAUCAAGAUUUCUUCUAAGUGAAAAUGGAUCUGUUGCGAACAGAAAAUUUUUACAACAGUUGGAAAAAAAACAUAAAAUGGAAACUGCACUCAAAUUGAAACGAAGAAGCUUAAAAGCUGGAAUACAAAGAGGUGGUCGGAGUAAGAAUGUUAGUGCAUUAGCAUUACGAUUAGCACCUAACGGAAAAAUUAUAAAAGCAAGAAGCUUAGCAAAUGUCGCAACAAUGAAAGCAGAUCUAGUUCAGCCAGUCGCUCCAUUACAACGGUCGAAUUCAGGCCUUAAUUUAGGUGGUCGUGUUGGUCUACCAAGACGUAUCAAUAGACGUCGUUCUAGUCAAAUUGGCAUAUCUCCACAAGGUGGAAGAAGAAUGCGAUUAAGGCGCAAUAAUAAUAUACCUAACAAUUCAAUAAAUCAAGUUCGGGGUAGAUCUCGUUCUCGCAGUAGAAAUAGACAAAGAUCAAAUUCUAUUUCAAAUUUGACACGAAGAAAUAUAGCUAUGAAUAUAACUCAACAGCAAAAUCAACAACAGCAACGAAGAGCAAGAUCACGGUCAAGAAGUAGAGGAAGAUUAAAUACAAAUAGAAAUGUUCGAUCAACCAGUCAAUCUAGAUCAGUACACAGUAGAUUAGGAAUAAAACGUGUACCUGUACAAAAUAAAAAUGUAAUUCGCGGAUUAAAUAGACGUCGUGGAAUUGGCCGUGUUGCUCGUGGAAGGAUUACUAAAAGGAUGAAUUCGACCGGUGGCGCAUCAAUUUCUAAUUCUGUUUUAUCAACUAAUCAAAAUGGUAUGAAGCGACAAGGGCGAAGCAGAUCAAGAUCUAGAAUAAGGAAUUCCGUAGCUGUACAAGGCCAAAGAGGAAGAUCGCGCAGUCGGGCAAGAAGUCGAUCAAUAAAACGCGGCGGUAAAAUACAAACAAAAAGUGCAACGGUCAAUCGUAGGGGCCGUAGCCGUAGUAGAGGUCGGGGUGGUCGUGGCCCCACUAGAGGUGGCAAUAACAAUACCAAACGCGAGGACAUCAAAAAAGAAGAUUUGGAUAAGGAGCUUGAUCAAUAUAUGGCAUCAUCAAAUAACGAUAAUGAUUUAUAAAUGAAAUAGACAUACUAUUUGCAGAAAUAUUAAUUUAAGAUAUAUAUACAAUUAAAAAUUACAUAAUUACUUAGUUGUCGAUAAAAGAAAAUUAAUUUAUUACAAAAGUAGUCUAAACAAAAAUGUAAACAAUUUUUUAAAUCAUUUAAAUUACAUAACUUUUAUUACAAAUAUGUACUGAAUUUAAGUUUCUAUCUGUAUAAAUAUUUUGUAAUAUAUAAGAAUUAAUAAAAUAAAAUAGUAAAAGUCAGUGUUUUAAAUUUAUUAAUAAAAAUCGUAUUUUCGCAAACCAUCCUUGACUUCAAUAAUGUUUUAAAAAAGAUUUGAGUACGGUAUUAAUAAGUUGUAC